AUGGAGUUCCACAACACAGGCAGCUUUCCAAAGCGCCGCUCCUACCCCAACCUCCGCCAUAUCUCCCUCGCUCCACUUACUCCACGAUUCCCCAUCGACGAUGAUAUAGAUCAAGCAGACUAUUUCAACUACCACGCUGACGAACCAAAUUCAGCAGCCGGCAACAGAACACCAACGCGAUCGUCCUAUCUUUCCAGCAUCUCAGUCCCGAGCACACCACCUAUUCUCUCCCACUCACGAAGCACAUCACGAGCGCGUCACCACACCCGAAGCAAGAGCUCAACUCGCGCGGUCCCAGCAAGCGAUACAAAUCUAUUGAACCAGCAUGUUUCCUUCCCACUUCAUCAUGCAGGACCUAAGAAGCGAUCCAACGCAGCAACAACCACCCACUCAGCUAAAUCCGAUGCAGAAUGGAUGCUCCGCGCUGGGAUAGCACUUGCCUCGUCCACCCGCGAAGAAAAAGGUCAAAGCUGGCUAUCUAAACGUGAGAGCUCGACAAAUCUCGUUUCUGAAAUACCAAGCGAAGACAAUAAUGCUCCACAUCACCGACACCACCAGCGCACUAAAUCCGGUGCAUCAUCGCGGAAAUCCCGUUCCGGUGCUUCAACACCUGCAUGGUCCCGCGCUAAUAGUCGUCGUGGAAGUCGUGUCGGGUUAUCAAUGACUACUAUCCCGCCUGUAUCAUCUUCUGCUGCGGGGAGAAUCCACAGUCCCAGCGCUACGGGCGUAGUGACACCCGAAGUUCGGGGCCGAAGUAGCGGGAGUGGAACGGGACUGGUUCCAGAUUUCGUGGAUGAGAAGAUCCGUGCUGAGAUGGAGUCGUUACAGGAGCGGGAUCGGGAGGGAUUAGCUGUCGGUGGUGAGGGUGCAUGGGAUGAGGAAGAAAGCGAGUCGGAGUAUGAUUAUUUCUCGGAUGAGACGCAGGAGGAGUUUGAUGAAGCGGAUUUGCAGCUUCUUACGCGGGAGCGCGGAUUUGGGCUUGGAGGAUGGAUUGAUAGGCUGGUCGAGUGGACUUUGUUCGGGGUGGAUGAGUUACCUGUUGUGCCUUUGUCGACUGGGAAUAGGAUUGGUGCUACUGCUACCACUACGACGGUUACCUUUGAGGAACCCGUGUCUCGGGAAGAUCAGGGCGACGAGAGACAUGAUUCCUUGUCGUUGCAUUCUGAAGGAGAUCGAUAUUCUUUAUCUGAUGAUGCUGAUUCACUUUCCUAUACGGAUGGUGAGUCUGUUGUUGGUCUUGAGAAACCUGGUGGAAAGGGUGGGUGGGAAGAUGCGAGCUGGUUGUUUCGGGUUGUGAAGCGAGCAUUAGUUUGA